AUGCCAUCCUCCAUCUCCUGGGGCCUCCUUCUCCUGGCAGGCCUGUGCUGCCUGGUCCCCAGCUCCCUGGCUGAGAGCACCGAGGGAGACGCUGUCCAAGAAACAGAUGCAUCCGAACAUGACCAUGACCAUCCCCCAGCCUGCCACAAGAUUGCCCCAAACCUGGCCAACUUUGCCUUCAGCCUGUACCACGAGGUGGCCCGUCAGUCCAAUACCACCAACAUUUUCUUCUCCCCGGUGAGCAUUGCUGUAGCCUUCGCGCUGCUCUCCACAGGGGCCAAGUCUGACACCCUCACCGAGAUCCUGGAGGGCCUGGAGUUCAACCUCACCGAGACAUCCAAUGCCGAGAUCUACGAAGGCUUCCAACACCUGCUCCACACCCUCAACCAGCCAAAUAGCCAACUCCAGCUGACUGCCGGCAAUGGGCUCUUCAUCAACGAGAGCAUGAAGCUAGUGGAGAAGUUUUUGCAGGAUGCCAAGAAGCUGUACCACUCAGAAGCCUUCUCUGUUAACUUCCUUGACACCCAAGCAGCUAUGAAACAGAUCAACGAUUACGUGGAGAAGAGAACCCACGGGAAGAUUGUGGACUUGGUCAAAGAUCUGGACCAAAUGACAGCUCUUGCUCUGGUGAAUUACAUUUUCUUUAGAGGCAAAUGGAAGAAGCCCUUUGAGGCGGAGCAGACCCAGGAUGGAGAAUUCCACGUGGAUGAGACGACCACGGUCACGGUGCCCAUGAUGAGCCGCUUAGGCAUGUUUGACCUCCAUAGAUGCCAGGAGAUGUCCACCUGGGUGCUGCUCAUGGAGUACAUGGGCAAUGCCACGGCCAUCUUCAUCCUGCCAGACCCGGGAAAGAUGCAGCAGCUGGAGACUCGGCUCAGCAAGGAACUCCUCUCCAAGUGGCUGGAGUACAGACACCCAACGUCUGCCGCACUGCAUUUUCCGAAACUGAGCAUUUCUGGAACCUACGAUCUGAAAGAACUCCUGGGCAAGCUGGGCAUCACCAGGGUCUUUGGCACUGGGGCGGACCUCUCGGGGAUCACUGAGGAUGCAGCCCUGAUGCUCUCCAAGGCGGUGCACAAGGCUGUGCUGACCAUCGACGAGAAAGGGACUGAAGCUGCUGGGGUCACCAUCUUGGAAGCCAUCCCCAUGUCUCUGCCCCCCACUGUCAAAUUCGACAGCCCCUUCCUUCUCUUGAUCUAUGAUAAGGAAACCAAGAGCCCACUGUUUGUGGGAAAGGUGGUGAACCCCUUACAAAAGUAA